AUGUAUUUGGAGAAUUUGAAGAGGCAGGAGAGUCUAGGUCACGUGAUUAGCAACAGGACGUUUGGCACUCGCACACGCACUCAAACACUCCGACACUCUAACCCUCUAAAGCUCACACACUCACUAAUAACGCCACGAGACACUCUGUCCCACGUCCAUCACUGUCUGGAAGCCGAUACGAGGAGGCCAGCAGAAACACAGACACAAACAGCUAAAAAGAAAAAACUGCCAUAUCACAUGAGUGCACCGCCAUUAUUGCCUCCAAAACGCCCCGUGGGAGCGCGCAUGAAACUGCCAGUUCUCCAGAUCCCCACCACCUCCACAGAGUCGCCAUCCGACCAGCAGCGGCCACAGCGGCCGUCCCUGAUGCUCAAUACGGGUAACGGUAACAACGGAAACAACAACGGAUCUGCCCAUAACACCCAUGUUGUGGACUCUAAUCUGGAACCUCCAUCCAUGCUGGGCAACAACCGGUCUGUGUCUCCGCAGUCGGCAGCCUUCAGCGCAGAAAUUCUCGCGGCCGUGGGCUCACCGGCACCGGACAAGCACGUAACCCACGAGUACCCUGUGCACCCUUCGUCUCACUCAAACAACUCUGGUGACGACGAUGGCAUGGACGAGACCCAAGAUCUCACCGGUCUCGACGUGGAUGAUCUGGACGAGGAAAAGUGGCACUCGGUGGCGCGCACGGGAGGCAUUGUAGAGCUGGGUAAACUGGGUGAGGGCGCAGGUGGAUCCGUGACGCUGUGUCGACUUCGAACGGGCUCCACCGUCUUCGCGCUCAAGAGCAUCACCGCCAACCCCAACCCCGAGCUGCAGAAGCAGAUUGUGCGUGAGCUGCGCUUCAACCGAACUUGCUCGUCGCCACACAUUGUCAAGUAUUACGGCACGUUCCUCAACGACGAGGCAGCCUCCAUCUUCAUCGCCAUGGAGUACUGUGGAGGAGGAUCCCUGGAUGCCAUCUACAAGCGGGUAAAGGACCGGGGAGGACGAAUCGGAGAAAAAGUGCUGGGAAAGGUGGCCGAGGGUGUGCUGAAGGGUCUUUCAUACCUGCACGAACGACGCAUCAUUCACAGAGACAUCAAGCCCCAGAACAUUCUUCUGGAUAAGGAAGGUCAGGUCAAGCUAUGCGACUUUGGUGUAUCUGGAGAAGUGGUGAACUCGCUGGCCACUACCUUCACAGGUACCUCUUACUAUAUGGCUCCUGAGAGAAUCCUGGGCCAGCCCUACUCUGUCACCUCCGACGUGUGGUCACUUGGACUCACCAUUAUGGAGGUGGCCCAGCAUCGGUUCCCGUUCAUCUCUGCAGAACAGGAGGCUCGAGAAGAGCCCAUCACGCCAAUCGAGCUGCUGUCGAUUAUUGUUAACGCUCCUGCUCCCGAGCUGAAGGAUGAGCCUGAGGAGGGCAUCAAGUGGUCCAAUGCAUUUAGACACUUUCUGUUGUGCUGCUUGGAGAAGGACCAGAGCAAGCGGGCGUCGCCCCGGCAGAUGCUCAAGCACCCCUGGAUGCUCGGUCAGAUGCAGAAGCAGGUCAAGAUGGACAAGUUUGUCAAGGAGGUGUGGAACUAG